AUGAAUGUUGGCGCGACUGUCGAGAACAAAACGUUUCAGUCAAACGAGACAUCGGAAGUUCAAGGAUGCGAGCGAACCUUUGGAGUUGAACCGAAGAAGAGUCUCUUCGCAUACCAAAAGGUAUACACCUUUAAGCUGAGAGUGUGGUUCAUCUGGAGGGACAAGAAUCAGUUCGGUGGGAAAGAUAUGGUCUAUGCGUACAGCUCCGGUGACGCUGUCAUCAAAGAAUGCGUCCAGGCCAUUUCAUGCGACCAAUGGUACUAUAGCAACGAAAAACUAGGAUCCGCAACAGUCAACGUUACGAUCCCAUAUCCUAACCCUACCCCGCGGGAACCUAGAGGAGCUGUGUGUCAGUGGAAGAACAUGAACGGCGCUUCACAGCACCAGAUAAGAACCAAAUACCUAUCUGCUGCAAAAUAA